UUAUUUUACAUAAGUUUUUCUAGAAGAAACAUUUUAGACAAAUGUUUAAAUACUUGUCAGAAUAGUUUGAACACAAGUCUCAUUUUAGAAGACAUUUUUAGACAUUAUUUUUUCUACAGAAUUUAGGAUAUAUUAUGUCUAGACCACCGCCAGGAGUCAGCCCCAGUAGGAAUUUUCAGAAUCUAACUUCGUCACAAGCAGACGAAGAUGCCUACGAUUAUGUCAAAGCAAGACCCGCUGCCAAAUUAACCAGUUUAACUGGUUCCAUUGCACAUAUAGUGAAAGGAGCCUUGGGAGGAGGAAUCCUCAGUUGUCAUGUAGGCUUCAUGAAGGGUGGCAUACUUGUAACUAUACCCCUCAACUUCUUUUUCGGCAUUUACAUGGGAUAUUGUCUUUACCUACUUGUACAAUCUACAAUAAUUAUUUACAAACGGACCAGGAUACCAGUUAUGUCGUAUGCUGAUGUCGGUGAAGCUUCCUUGAUGAUGUGUUCGAAAAAAGGCCUAGCUAGAUUUUCUAAGCUCUUCAGGUACACUAUAGACAUCAUAAUAAUGAUUGAUCUCUUUGGUUCUUGCUGUUGCUAUCAAAUAAUUAUAGCCAAGUCCAUAAAACAACUAGUUGAAAAUGUUCCAGACGCUAAGUUUGAAGGAAAGGGUGAAGGUUAUCCGAAUCUCCGUGUAUAUCUAAUGGUUAUGAUACCCAUGGUCAUACUUAUUUGUUUGAUCAGACAUCUGAAGUACUUGGCGCCGUUCUCAAUCGCGGCCAAUGUUUUGGUUGCUUUUUGUGUCGUCAUGGUGGUUUACUAUGCAAUGAUACUAAACCCUACCCUGCAAGGAAUGGAAACUACCACAUCGAUUUAUGGGAUGUUGGAAUAUGUGGGGAUUGGGGUAUUUAGCAUGUCAUGCUCUGGCGUGGUAAUCCCAAUAGAAAAUAAUAUGGCAGAGCCGAGAAAGUUUCCUAUUGCCCUAACUGUUGGUAUGGGUUUAAUUAUAUUAGCUACUACGUCACAAGGGCUUUUUGGGUAUGCUGCAUUUUUGGAUAAAUCGGUGUCACCCGUUACGAUGAAUUUGCCAUUAUCGCUGUUACCAAAAAUGUUGAAGGGUGGAAUUGCGGCGAUGAUUUACGUGACCCAUGCUCUAAACUUUUGGGUGCCAUUCAAUUUGGCUUUUUAUUAUCUAAAGAAGCUUCACCCCCCGGAAAAAGCAGUAUUUUGGGAGCUACUAUACCGUGCGAUAUUUGUAACUGUCAUUGGAAUGAUUGCGGUUGUAUUUCCGGACAUUAAUGCUCUUAUGGGAUUUCUGGGAGUGUUCUGUAUUGCUAACAUGGCGUUCGUAUGGCCUAAUAUUAUCACUUUACUGGUAAUCUGGGACAGGCCAGGACUUGGUUCAAUGAAGUGGAAGCUGUGGAGAGGGAUAGUUCUUCUAGUUAUUGGAUUGUUCAUAUUUGUCUGCGGUAGUAUGGUCGCUAUAAUAGAACUGGGCACCGUAUUUUACAAAAUCAACAUUGCUCAAACACCAGACGAAUAAAAUUAAAAUUAUAUUCAUAUUUAAUUAACGUUUAAAUUAUAAUUUCUAUUUAGUCUUAUCCAAAUAGAAAUAAUGAAAAAAAUAUGAAGGGACUAAAAAUACUAAAACCUUUUUUGGCAUUCUAAUCAAUACAUAUAAUAUGACAGUUAAAAUUUAAUGUCUGUACAUUAAAUAUUUUCCAAAAAACUUAGAUUUCCUCCUAUAAGUAAAAGAGUCACCGAAACCAAAAAAACAAUUUUUGGAUUUUUUGUCUGGCUGGCUGUCUGUCCGUCUGUCCGUCUGUCCGUCUGUCCGUCUGGCCGUCUGUCCGGUACGUUAUAACUUCGCGGACGCGGUUGAAGUGUUGAACACUGUGCUCGAUAGAUGGCUGGAUAGAUGAAUUUUAAACGGCUAACGAAGUCGCGGGCCAAAGCUAGUUUUAAAUAAUAACACAAUUUGAUGUGAUCUGUGUAACAGGCGGUGACGUUGACCCCACAUUUGGAUAAAAUUCAACGACAAAAACCUAUUACAGUUUGUCUUGAGGAGGGCCGAUUAAUUUGAAUUAUAUAUUAUAUCAUUAUUAUAGAUUAUUAUGAAUUUUGUUUUUCUAUAAAUAAAUUAAUUUGAAAAUAA